CUGCUGCGUUAACCGCCACUCGAGAUAUGACCACGAAAGCCGCGAUAGGUUGCUCGAAGGCCCGAGUCUGGUUCCUCAUGGCCGAGGCUGCUAGGCUCUUUAUCUGGGGCAUUCGUCCGGUGGAGAUAUCCACUCGCGGCGUCGUGGCGGGGACUACUUAAGGUUUCCGUGUCCCUCUGCUCUCUCAUCCAGAUCACCUACUCCCCUCACCUGUUUUCUUUCUACUGAUACCCAGUUCGUUUCAUUGCACAAUCAACAUCAUGUCUGGUGUGUCUACUAAGCUCAAGACCCCUCAGACGGGCGAAUAUGACCAGCCUACUGGCCUUUUCAUCAACAACGAGUUUGUGAACUCCGUUGAUGGCAAGACAUUCGAGGUCAUCAACCCUUCGACAGAAGAGGUUAUCUGCUCUGUAGCGGAGGCCACUGAGAAGGAUGUUGACAUCGCUGUCGCGGCGGCACGCAAAGCCUUCAACAGCGGGUGGAGGAAAGAGACACCCGAGAACCGAGGAAGGCUCCUCUUCAAGCUUGCCGAUCUCUUUGAAAAGAAUGCCGAUCUCCUCGCUGCGGUUGAGGCUUUGGACAACGGCAAGGCCUUUACCAUGGCUAAGAACGUCGAUGUCCCUGCUGCUGCUGGCUGCUUGAGGUACUACGGUGGUUGGGCCGAUAAGAUCGAAGGAAAGGUUGUCGAUACUUCACCCGAUACCUUCAACUACAUCAGGAAGGAGCCAGUCGGUGUUUGCGGUCAAAUCAUCCCAUGGAACUUCCCUAUACUCAUGUGGGCUUGGAAGAUCGGCCCUGCCAUCGCUACUGGCAACACUGUCGUCCUCAAGACGGCAGAACAGACUCCUCUCUCUGGAUACAUUGCUGCUAGCUUGAUUAAAGAGGCUGGCUUUCCUCCUGGUGUCGUCAACAUCAUCACCGGCUUCGGCAAGAUUGCCGGUGCAGCCAUCGCCUCGCACAUGGACGUUGACAAGGUCGCCUUCACUGGCUCGACCGUUGUGGGCCGACAGAUCAUGAAGGCUGCUGCUGGCUCCAACUUGAAGAAGGUCACCCUUGAGCUCGGAGGAAAGAGCCCCAACAUUGUCUUUGCCGAUGCAAACAUUGAGGACGCUAUCAACUGGGUUAACUUUGGUAUCUACUUCAACCACGGACAGUGCUGCUGCGCUGGUUCGCGUGUCUAUGUUCAAGAAGAGAUUUACGAUACCUUUAUUGAGAAGUUCAAGGCGCGUGCUGCCGCGAACGCUGUCGGCGACCCAUUCCACGCAGACACAUUCCAGGGUCCUCAGGUCUCGCAACUCCAGUUCGACCGCAUCAUGGGAUACAUUGAGUCGGGCAAGAAGGAAGGUGCCAAGGUUGAGACGGGUGGCAAGCGUUUGGGUGACAAGGGCUACUUCAUCGAGCCAACUAUUUUCUCCAACGUCACUGAAGACAUGAAGAUCCAACAAGAAGAGAUCUUCGGCCCCGUGUGCACAAUCGCCAAGUUCAAGACGCAAGAAGAGGUCGUCAAGCUUAGCAACGCCUCAACCUACGGUCUUGCGGCGGCCGUCCACACCACCAACCUUAACACAGCCAUCUCAACUGCCAACGCACUCAAGGCAGGUACCGUCUGGGUCAACACAUACAACACUCUCCACUGGCAGUUGCCCUUCGGAGGGUACAAGGAGUCAGGCGUUGGCCGUGAGCUAGGUGAGGCGGCGCUGGACAACUACCUCCAGACCAAGACCGUGUCGAUCAGGCUUGGUGACGUUCUUUUCGGUUGAGCAGCGAAUGUAGAAAUGGAGGGCCUCUCUUUGGAACUGUAUAUAGUCAAGCAGCCAUGAGAAAUGAAAGUAAUGAACAACACGUUU